ACCGUCAAGAAAACUAAUUAUUCUUCACCAAACCCAAUACUGGUGUAGUAGGGCGGGGUAAAUGAGCCACGGGUAACGACUCGGAACGUUGCAGUAUUUUCGGUCUGUGAUGCUGUGGCGAGACACGCUUUAUCCAGGCCGCAAACGCACACACGCGCGCGCGCGGCUGUCCGCAACGUAUUUGUUAUACAAAAUCGAGGACGUGUCCAGUAUAAAUUCGAAGGGAUCUUCAAGAGGGGACUAGUUGGUGCAUCCACCCCUCCGCUGGAGUUUCAAAUGCUGGUCUUGGAUUCGCUCUCGCCGGCGACUACAAGUACAACGCCGAAGACUCUCCUGGCACAAUCCGUCUACGCCGUCCUUUCCCGUAGCGUGCAACUCAUCUUUUCUGCCAUUUUUCUGGACGCGGCGCAGGAGAGUGGUGGAGGUAGACACUGAUCAGAGGGGGAUUCAUUCGCUUGCGAACACCGGAUUCACGCAGGACGAGGUGUGAUCACAAAUGUUUGUUUACCUCUUCGAGUAUUGAGCAGCCAAUUUUCCCGGUGAAGUUGGUCAUUGCAAAGCCACAAUCGUGAGCGGCUCCCCAUCUCCUUACAGUACCUCAUGAAGAAUUUGUUGACCAGAGUGACCGAUUUUCUUCGGAAGGUGAAGGUCUACUUCGUAGGCCAAGGUUGGUGCCGCUGGCGUAUUGGGUCGUUCUCGAAGACAUUGCCAUCUGCGAUAUUUGCUCCUGUUUCGGAGGGGUCGAUCUCACGCAACAAGAUUUGUCGAAUCGUGCGAUGCUGUAUGUCCUCAAGGUAGUCCUUUGUCGGCGUUCAGACUGCCCUGUAUCCACGGAACCUAUCUUCGACUUCGAUGGACCCAUUGAUUUUGGGACUUACCUUAUUCGAACGGUUCCGCGUGGGUUCAUUUUGACGACACGGCGUUGCUAUUGUAGACAUGCUGCGUAAGUUAAUGAUCGUCUGGACACCACGGACGCCGACCGCUGCCAAAUUUCGGCUAUUGGAAGUUUGUAAGACCCCAAACGUGGUUGGUGGCUGGCGAGGCACCCGUUGAUGCUCGGCAUUGCUCGUUGCCGGAGGAUUUGAGUUCCAUUGCAGGAUGUAAUUUUGCAAUUUCCUAGGUGAUGGUCGCUCCAAGAUCGGCGGUAUUCAUCAUUAUCUAAUCUCCGGUACCCGUUUGUCGGGAAACGUUCAACGCUGGGCAGUAUUGUUGAGAUCAGAGCAUUUGCACGACUAAGAGAGCAAGACUUGAUACGUUUCUUGGUGUACGCAACACUCCCCCAGGGACCUUGUUGACUGCGGAAUAACAGAUGCCGAUUUGGACGAUGUAGCGUCGUGCUUGGAAGCUGCCGGGCUGGAGGCAAUCACAAAUCUGUAAGUGCUUCCCUAUGCCAUGGGGGUCGGUGUUGGCCGGUUGUUUUUGUUGCUAGAAGCGGCCUUUUCAAAGUGCUGUGCUGAUACUCGAGUCGGCUUGAGGCGAGCGUACAGCCGAGCGAUAAGGUAGAUUAUUGUCACCUGAGCAACAACCAAAGACACCAAUCCUCCCCAUGACCCAUUCAACGCCGACUAGCGCGGCGGGAAGCAGCUGGUAGGAAGUUCGGUGUGGAACAGGUCGGGGGUGUCUGAAUCCACCUCCAGCCCGUUGCUGGAAACGUGAGCACCAAGGAUCGUGCUACGUAUCGGGAUCAGUUGUCGCUUCCUGGCAUUCGCCGUAGAGCCUCUACGUGAUGUUGCCCUGUUGGCCUCAUAUCCUAGCCUCUUGUCCGGUUCGCGGUGUACUCAAUCUAACCCUGGAACGGGUUCCCGCUGCCAACUCGUCGCCUUCGUUGUAGCCGGAAGUAGGCAUGAUUGUUGUGAUUGUACCCAGGCCAUCGCGAUCAGCAUGUGCGGCAGCAAGCACUGAUUCCUGGCUCAUGUGUGUUAUCUGCUCCGCUCGUGGCCUUCCCUCGACACCCGAAGGUCCCUGUACUCCAACGAGCUCACCACGCUGCCUGAGGGAAUCUUCGGGGGUCUUACGGCCUUGGAAUUUCUGUAAGUAGCUGUUCGACAAGGUUGUCAGUAGAAUGUUUUUCCGCAUGGGGCUAGCUUGCGAUGGAGUACUAAGUUCGCAGACCAAUCGUCCUCUUGACCCUUGAAAGUCCGACUAGCACGCCGGAAAGCAGUUGGUAGGAAGUUCGGUGUGGAACAGUUCGGCGGCGUCUGAGACCACCUCCAGCCCACGCACCAUAGUCUCGCUGCCGUUAUGGCGCGCCCAAGCGCUGCGCUAUCUCGCAUGCUGGGGGUUGUAUGGGUUUGACUGUGACCAGCGCGAUUCGGUCAAUUUCUAUCUGAAUAUGCGUCCAUUCGGAAUUUUAGCCGGUACAUUCAUCGCACGAAAGCAGGUUUGAGGUGAUAAGAGAGAAAGAGGCGAUCUUGGCGUUGCUGGAAACCAGAGCACCCAAGGAACGUACUACGUACCGGGAUCAGUUGUCGCUUCCUGGCGUUCGCCUUAGAGCCUGUACGUGGUGGUGCCCUCUUGGCCUCAUAUCCUAGCCUCUUAUCCGAUUGGCGGUGUUCUCACUGCAACCCUGGAACGGGUUCCUACCGCCAACUCGUCGCCUUCGCUUUAGCGGGAAGAAGGCAUGAUUGUUGUGAUUGUAACCAGCCCAUCGCGGCGGCUGCGGCGUUGCUAGCGCCGCUGUACUGAAGGACGUGCGUACAUGCUGGUGGGCUGGCCGCGCUUCGUAGAUCAGCAUGUGCGGCAGCAAGCACUGAUUCCUGGCUCAUGUGUGUUAUCUGCUCCGCUCGUGGCCUUCCCUCGACACCCGAAGGUCCCUGAUUGAGAACGAGCUCAUCACGCUGCCUGAGGGAAUCUUCGGGGGUCUUACGGCCUUGGAAACACUGUCGGGGGUGUCUGAAACCACCUCCAGCCCGUUGCUGGAAACGUGAGCACCAAGGAUCGUGCUACGUAUCGGGAUCAGUUGUCGCUUCCUGGCAUUCGCCGUAGAGCCUCUACGUGAUGGUGUUCUGUUGGCCUCAUAUCCUAGCCUCUUGUCCGGUUCGCGGUGUACUCAAUCUAACCCUGGAACGUGUUCCCGCUGCCAACUCGUCGCCUUCGUUGUAGCCAGAAGUAGGCAUGAUUGUUGUGAUUGUACCCAGGCCAUCGCGAUCAGCAUGUGCGGCAGAAAGCACUGAUUGCUGGCUCAUGUGUGUUAUCUGCUCCGCUCGUGGCCUUCCCUCUACACCAUAAGGUACCUGCACUACAACGAGCUCACCACGCUGCCUGAGGGAAUCUUCGGGGGUCUUACGGCCUUGGAAGAGCUGUAAGUAGCUGUUGGACAAGGUUGUCGGUAGAAUGUUUUUCCGCAUGGGGCUAGCUCGCGAUGGAGAGCUAGGAUAUCGCAGACAAAUGGUCCCCAUGACCCAUUCAACCCCGACUAGCGCGGCGGCAAGCAGUUGGUAGGAAGUUCGGUGUAGAACAGGUCGGGGGUGUCUGAAUCCACCUCCAGCCCGUUGCUGGAAACGUGAGCACCAAGGAUCGUGCUACGUAUCGGGAUCAGUUGUCGCUUCCUGGCAUUCGCCGUAGAGCCUCUACGUGAUGGUGCUCUGUU